AUGUACGCGCAAGUCGACGACGAUAUUGACAGCAACUCGUUUCUCUUUCCUUUGUCCUAUCUAAUACGAACUGCCGUAUUCCGGAAAGUACAAGACUUCUUUGAUGGUAAGCCAUGUGCCACUGCUGAUGCUCCUGGCCAUCUCUCGUCAACUCCUGCCCUCUCGAUCAACGUCGCCUCGAUGCUCCCCGGCUUACGGGAGAAAUUACUGGGUCUAACUACCCUCAAAGGCCUUCUGCAAUUGAAGGACAAAUCCUCAACUCGGGGAGAAGGAGACUCUGCGCGUGCCACUGCCGCAGGCAUGUUCGCGUUCCCUGGUCGUUCUACUCUCAUCAGACGAUUUAGCUCCCGCCCUAUACGUCGGGGGAAAUGGGGUUGGAAUAAUACAGGACGCAAAAGUGCUCCUUCUUCGCCGACCGAGCCCACCUUUCCUGAAGAAGAUAUCAUUGAAGAAAUAGAAAAGGGGAGGGAAAGUGAUUGCGACUCAGUUGACACACUCGAAAUCGAGACUUGGAAGUGCGGAUUCAAGGACAAGCCCUUGCCCGAAUUGCCUAGUUGUUCUACUCGUUCUACGCUUUCGAAGCUCUCUGUUCCUGGAACCGGAUCCCGCGGUCUCUGCCAUCCUGACACCCUUCCUAUGCUGGAGCGCAAAACCUCUACUGAUGCAAUAUCUUCUGAAGCGACAUCUAGAGCAGAAGAGGCUCCAGGACCGCGUAUUCCGAGCAAUUACAUCUGGAGAGUGGUUCCUCUUGCUAGCGGCGGGUUUGGGAACGUAUUCACUCUGAAAGGCCUGAAUGAAGGGGAAAAGAUUGUUAUGAAGGCUGUUCGGAUGAGCCCUGAUCGCGAGACGGUCUGGGUUCAUGCGAUGGAAAUCAAAGCGCUUAGGAGGCUCCGAAAACAUCCUCACCAGAAUAUCGUCGAGCAGCCCAAUCUUGGAGGAAAUUUCGAGUAUGAGUGGUGGUCGAAAAAGACUGCCACUAUCUACACCCUCCAUGCAUACUAUCCUGCAGACCUUGCGGAUGUCAUGAAGUUGCGAGACCGCGACCCAGACGGCUUCCAGCUUCAACUUGUGGGUUGGGAGAUCGUCAGAGUGGUCAUCAUCGAUAUUGCGAACGGCUUGAACCACCUUCAUCACCUCGGCAUAAUCCAUCGAGACAUCAAGCCAGAAAACAUCUUCGUCGACGUUGCUGGUUAUUUCAGGAUUGGCGACUUUGGCGGCGCAUACAUUCCCGUUGGCCGCCCGAAGUCCUCAAUAAUGGUUCGCUCGCAGCACUGCUGUGGGAUAACCCCAAAUUUUGCCCCUCCAGAGCUCAUCAUGUCGCAUCUGGACACCAGGUGUACCAAAUCUUGGUGCUUUGAUGAAAGCGUGGACUUUUGGUCCUUGGGAAUGACCGUGUUGGAUCUUGUUGGCCACCGUCCUGAUUGCUUCUACCAAGGAUUCAAAGCCAAGCAUUCUGUUGAAGAGAUGGAGGAGAUCAUACGCGCCAACUUGGCAGUUCUGGAAGAGGACAGACCUGUCGUCGUAAUAUUGAAACGAUGUCUCGAAAUCUUCCCCUCAUCCCGUUUACAUGGACCUGAAGCAGCGCAGCUGGUCGCGAAGUUAGAAAGCAUGUCUGACCUGGAGUCUAGCCGUCCACGGUUUGCGAAUUACGUCAAGAAUACCAAGUGGUCCAGAUUGCGCAGGGAUGAUAAGGGCGGUACUCCAUCUGCGAUGUUGGAAGAUACCCCUCUACUCGGUCAGAACAUCCUACUUCCCGCAAAUGAAGUAAUAUUAGAAUUCGAAGCAAUUCUCGCCAGGAUGAACUUGAAGCUCAAGGAACGUCCCAACUAUCAGAUUACAUUCUAG